UUUUAGUAGGAACGUUCAACAAGUGAAAAACAAGAAAGUUUUUUGUCUUCAAAAAUUAAUAAAUUUAAGCAAUUUUAUCUAUUUUAAUGAAUUUCAAGUGCAAUUAAAUGUCUUAUUUUCGUUUAUUGGAUACAACAAAAUAUAAAUAUAUCGAAAUAUUAUGCAAUAAAGCAUUUAAAAGUGUCAUUAUUUUCAUUUUGUGAUAUAACAAAUUUUAGUGAACUAAUAAAAAGAAAUUUACAUUACAUACGAAAAGCCUUGUUAAGUGAAUAGAGCUAAUUAACACUACAGCAUCUGGUUUAAAAGUUUUUUCACAUGUAUACCGGAAUAAGAUAUUAUUAGUAAUUGAAGAUGAACAAUGAAAAUCGACCCAUUCCCGUUCCACGCCCAAGACAAUUGAAAACGACAUCAGAUGAAAUUGAUUCAUCGUCUAAAGUUUACGAGAAUUUUACAAUUAGACCAAAGAGUUCAGCAAGCUUUUACGAUGCGGUUAAUGCUCAAUUAAAUGAAAUGAAAUUGGAAAUGCAAAAGCCAUUACCAUCGCCAAGAACAAAAUUAAAUACUAGAAAUUAUGAGAAUUCUCCAUUAAACAAUAAUCAACCGGAAUUGCCAAGCAAAACUGGAGCAAUUAGAAAAGCUAUUAACAUUCCAAAAGUAGAGAAUAAUAUAAAGGAGACAACCGAAAAGUCUGAUUUAGAAGAGAGGAAAAAAGAAACAGACGAUGUUCUUUCAUUGUCAUCAUCAACAAGUGGAAAGUCCAAUAGCGAAAAAUUUGUAACACCCAGUCCAACUGAUAUAUUAAAGUCUAUUGGAUCGUCAUCAAAAAUUUUAGGCGAAGCCAUUACUGAGCGUAUAGGUGAUAAAACUGCGAGUGCUAAGCACAAAAUAAUCAAAGAAUAUAAAAAUUCAAAAAAUAUUCUUGGAUCAUUGGCAAGUGACACAAAAACAAGUACUGCCAAAAAGCUCACAAAAGUCAAAGAGAAGUUUGACAAUUUUUCAUUAAAACGAAACAAAGCUAGAAGAAGUCUUUCGAUUGAUGCUGAUGAAAGGCCUCAAACCAUAAAUAUUGCAAACGAUGACAUGUUUGAAACCUUAUCAUUUAACAGCCCUAUUAAUAAUCAACGAUCUUAUAAUUUAGAAAAUAUCCCAUCACAGAUAUCGACAUAUGAGAUUCCAAAAGGAUUUAAAUAUAAAUCCCAUGAGGAUUUACCGACUUAUGAAGAUAUAAUUUACGAUGAUGGGAAUUUGAAACGAAAUACAAAAAUGACACAGAGCCUUCAUGGAGUUCAGAAUAAUUUCAAUAAAAAACGCAGCAACAUCAGUGAUUCAAACUUAAACACUAUAAGUAGUGACUCGUCAGAAUUAGAUGACCAUGAAAGUCUACCUCCAAAUAUUCCUGUCCCGAAGUUACCAGGAGAAUCUGUUUAUGGAAAAUUGAAACCAGCUCCGACUUAUUAUGAAAAUGCUCCUAUGAUUCCGUUAAGGAAGCCACCACCUCCACCAGUCCUAAGGAGAAACAUAAAUGAGCAGCAAAAUAACAAUAAUAUUUCAGACGAUUCAAAUCGAGUAACAAUGUGUAGUACAGUUUCUGAAAGCUGCACACUCACAGACGUAGCUGAUUCUAGAGAAAAUACUAUUAAUCGUAAUGCUCGGGGAAUUGACAGAAGUGAAUCAUGGCGAUAUGUUUCAAAUGAUAACAUAUCUCAGGCUACUCUAGAUUCAAAUGAAUCAGAAGAACCUAUUUAUGCAAAUGAUGAAAAUGAGAGAAUGGGUAAUUUGGAAUCCCCUACUUGUUCAUCAAACGUUUUACAGCCAUUAAAAAUUUUGAAUAUAGACGGUUCAAAUAGUAAAACACCAACAAUCACACGAGAAAUAUUAAAUGAAUUUGAUCCAUUAUCUCGCGACAGUUUUGACACAUAUAUCAUGAGAAGUAUGAAUCACAUAACACUUUUGGAGACAUUGUUGAGUGAAGACACUUAUGGAACUGUAGCUGACAGUCAAUCACUUCUCGAUGCAGAGCAAGUUGAUGAAGCAUCAAGUGAAGAUUCAAAUCAAACAAAUGAAAACUUAAGCUCAUUAUCUCAAAGUGAAAUUAAUAUCUCAAAUAAAAGUAUUAAUGAACAUCCAUCACCUCCACGGCCAAAACGGAAAAAGGAAGCACAACGACAACAAUCUGUUAUUAUUCAUCAAAAUCUUAGAUUAAAAGAUAGUAUUGAAAAUUUAGCUGAACCAUAUUUAGCUAAGGUAGACAAUGAAGCAUCAACAUCUGAAGUGAUUGCUGAUUUAAGUAAGCCUAAAACAACGAGAACAAAUUGGUUUGUCGAUACAGAAGAUUCUGAGAAAUUUUCAAAAAAUAAUUUGGACAAUCCAAAUAAUUUUACGAAUGCAACAAGCACAAAUAAAGUAUCAAAAACCGUACCACAACUGCCGAAGGUCAAUAAUCUGUCGUUAAAUACAGAAACUCCAUAUCUACCAAGCUAUGAAGAAUCCCAAAAGGAUCAAAUUGUCAUUCAAAAUGAUGAAUUAGAUAAGACCCCAACAAUUCCGGUGACAAAAUCAAAAAGUACGAUAUUUAAUUUCAAUCUAAUGUCAAAGCUAAACUCAAAGGAUAAGACUGAAAAAGUCGACCCAAAGGAUUUUAUACCACAUCCCCCAUUUAGUGAUGAUACACAUAGUUCUCAUGACAAGGGUAUAAUUCUCUUUAAAUUACCCAGCGGCGUCAUUGAAGAUAUGUUGAAAGAAUUAAAUCCAAGAUUUAUUGAGCUUAAAAAGCGCCAGUUCAAAGCAUUUGCAGAACCCGAAUUCAAAGUACUUAAGGAACAUCUUGACCUAACGCAUUUAACAAGUGUCCACUAUCUCAUAAAUCAUAAGUUUAAUGACUUCAAGACUGAAUGUGGCCGUCAAAUUUACUGUUUCGAAAUAAAUCUUGCCAUACCGAAGAACACUGGAAGCAACAACAAUGCUUUGUUAGAUAGCAAAGGCAGUCCUGUUCGUACACAACGUGUUACUUAUGUUUAUGGCAUUCACAGCAAACAGGAAAAAUGUAUAUGGAUGCAAAAAAUUCUGAGGGGUGUCACGAAUGUCUUUCCAAAAGAAUAUACUAGUGAUUACAUUAGAAGUGGAUGGUGUUAUAUGAGGAAAUCUAUUACAUCUGCAUGGUCGGGUACAUGGAUUUUAUUAUCGCGACGUAGACUUUUGUUCUAUGACUAUACAGAGAAUCGCCUCGAGAUACUUGAUUUAAGAAAAGCACGAUGUAUCGGUUUAAAAGAUAGCGAUGAUAGCAUACAAAAUCUGUAUGUUGAGAAAGGUCCAAUAAUGUUGAUUGAUGCUCCGCCAUUUACUUGCUAUUUCAUUAUGAAUACUACAAGAGAGACAAAAAUUUGGAGUGUAGUUAUAAAAGAUGAAGCACAUGCCAACGGAACACAGUUGAGGCAUCAACAAUUGACAAAAGAUAAUGUUCCAGUGUUUGUUGAUAAAUGUAUAAAUUUUGUAUACACAAAUGGUACAAUGUCUGAGGGAAUCUAUCGAAAGGCGGGUAGCAGUUCUAAUAUUCAAAAAUUGAGUGCUGCUUUAAGGAAAGAUGCAUUUAAUGUACAGAUUACUCGUUGCGAAUAUAAUGAGCAUGAUGUGUCAUCAGCUUUAAAGAGAUUCUUUAGAGAACUACCGGAACCAUUAAUGGGGAAAUUAGCAGUCAGCUUUUUAAGUGUCUCUGAAAUGAAAUCUCAAUCUGAUAAGCUUCACGCAUAUAAAGAACUGCUUUUAAGAUUACCGUCUGUUGAGUACCAAACACUCAAGAAACUUUUAGGUCAUCUUCACUUCAUACAGACUCAGAAGGAUGUUAAUAAAAUGAAAUCAGAAAAUCUUGCGCUUGUAUUUGGACCAACAUUAAUGCAGCCUCAAAAUAAUGAAAAUCAAUAUACAAUAGAUACUCGAGAUUCAGAAGUUGUAGCUGAACUUAUUACCAACUACAAGAAGUUGUACGAAUUAACAGCAGAUGAAAUUAAAACUGAACAAAUCAUGUUAACCGUACUUCAAAAAUACCAUAAUGCUGCUGAAAAUCUCUCUGAUGCGGUAAAAAAAUCUGGUGACUUUAAAGUUUGGAUAACUCUCGAUCCAAAUCCAGAUCAAAACACUAUCCAAGAAGACAAAAAGCAAAUCAAUGUAGCACUUACACCAACGAAAACAGUAUUUGAACUCUGUAAAGAAUUAGAAUCAAACAUGAAUAUUCCAGCAUAUAAAAUGACAUUAAUGGAGGUAAUACUCAAUGGUGAACUUCAGCGGCCUCUACAUUACAAUGAGAAAGUACUCAAUGUUGUACUACGAUGGGCUAAUUGGCCUGAGGCCGACAGGAAAACAAAUUAUCUCGAAUUAAGGCCACAAAAUAAAUUUCAUCAACAACUUGAGCGCGCUUUGAAAACACUGCCAUCAUUGACACCAUGCACGGAGCUAAAAUUUGCCGACAAGAAAACCAAAUCAAUGAAAUUAUUCACUUUAGAGCUUACAGAUACAAUGAUAAAUGUAUUGAAAACAGAAAAGUCAUCGAAAGUAAAAGUAAAAGAUGUAGACGUUUCUAAUUGUAUUACGUAUUUAGGUGCUGAGAAAAAACGUGAUAAUCAAUGUCGUUGGACAUUAACCUUAGUCGAAUUGAAUUUCAAUAAAAGGAGUAGAGAUUCGCCGUUUAUCGGCCAUAUAAUAGGAGGAAAUAACAUUAACGACCAAGUAAUAUGGUAUACAUCCAUAAUGAACAGCAUUCAUGGGCAAGAUAUAUUUCCUAAUCCUGAAAUUGUGAUGGCAUAAAUUUUUGAUUCAUAAAAGUAACCGAGUGCCUAGUAUUAUAAAUAUUUGAUCCAUACAAUAUAAUUUUUAUAAAGAUUUUACAGAAU